AUGUCUGAUUUGGAAAUUGUAAAGUCGAUAUCAGACGCAGAGAAAAUAUCGUCAAAAGAGAUUAAAGAGAGCGUGCAAACAAUCGAAAAAAUAAAUAAUCAUGAUAGAUCUAAAGUAUCAUCUCAAUCGACCCAAUUCAAAUCAUUAUUUACGUGUAACGGACCAAGAAUGAAAGACCUUCGAUAUGAUAUUAAUAUUGACUAUGCGAUUGGGCUAUUAAAAAGAGAAGAUGAAAAUGUUAAUGUGUAUAAUCAUUUACAAGACAUUUUAGAUAAGAUAUUAUUGGAAAGACCUAAAAAUCCUCUAGAGAAAUUUGAAAAAUAUAGCGUGAUGUUAAAGCGUGCAUAUAUUCAUAAAGAAGUUAAUUUUGAACGCGUCUUUGUGGAUAACAUAGACCGAAAUUAUUGCUUUAAGAGUUUACAAAUGUAUAAGUGUGCAUUGAAAAAACAACUUGAACAACAAAAACAAUAUAACAAGAACAAACAAAAUAUUACAAAGUCAGAACUGGAUCAAUAUGAAGAGAAGACAACUAUGAAUAAUAAUAAUAAUACUGUACAAGUUCAGAAUCUUUGUGAAGUAAAUUAUAUGUUUAAUAAAGCUGGUUUUGGACUUCCAAUGGAUGAAGCAUCGUUAAUAUACCUAACCAUGAAAGAAAUGGCUCAGUUAAAUAAAUUUGAAAGCAUACGAUUUUGGGGAAAAAUAUUUGGUAUAAAAAAAAUGUAUUAUGUAAUAGAAUGUAAAUGGUCAGACCCAGAAUUAGAGCGUAAACUAUUGACUGCAAACAGUGAAAGCCAUAACUCAAAAUUAUCAACACAAAUAGAAAAUGAUGUCACUUCCGAUCAUUUGCUUCAACAAGAAACUAAAUCAAUAGAAUAUACACAUAAUGCUCCAGAAACAGAAAAUGAAUUUGAAUCUACUGUACCAUAUCUUGAUGGUGAAAUGUCUGAAAAUUCAAUGAAUCAUUACGAUUCAUGGAUUUCUCUAAAUGAUAUUGACAGUUGCACAGCAAAACUGAGAUCCUCGUCAAAAACCCUGUUACCAUCAGAAAUGUUCGGAGUCGGUGCAAAUAUAAAUGCAUAUUUUGUCACAAAUAAAUUAAAUACCAAAUGGAUUGAACUAGAAUCGGUCAAGCCACAUCAUAUAGUUGAAGCUAGAAAAAUAAAACGAUAUUUCACCGGGGAAUUAAAAAAUCCGAUAAACAGUUUUUCAAAGUUCAAUGGUUCAGAAAAUGACUAUCUUAGAGCUCAAAUUGCACGAAUAUCAUCGAGCACUCAAAUAUGUCCACGCGGGUAUUAUAUUAUAAAUGAAAACGAUGAAUCUUGGAGCAGAAUAUCUGACAAAAGAUCCACAAAUUCAUUAAUUUCUAGAAAAAAAAAAAAUGGUGACCUUAUUCUCAACAAAAAUACCAAACCAAUUUCUAAUAAUAAUUUAAUGAAUGCAAAUAAUUGGGUGCAUAAGAAUCCUCACAUAGACCUUAAUGGAGUUACCUACAAAUUAGGUUUAUCUAAUCUGUCCAAUUCAAGAAAACACGAAGAAAAAAUUGAAGAACUUGAAGAAGAGGAAAAUUUGAGUUAUGGUGAUAAUGUAUUAGCUUCUAAGGAUGAUUUGUUUGGAAACGUAGGAAAUGAUAUCUCUGUUGACAAUACAUUAGCGUGGAAAGGUGUUCUUUGCUCUCCGUUUGAUCCUCGUUACUCUAACACAAUAAUGAAAUCGCAUAUAUGGCCUGGAGCUUUUGCAGUUGCGUAUAAUCUCCAAACUGACUAUAUGUAUAUUGGAUGGGGUCAAAAGCAUGAUUCUAAUAUUUUGUAUUCAACUUUUAUGGAUGAAAUUAAAAUGGAAAAUACAACUGAAGACGAUACCUUUACGGUGGAGUGUCAAGAAUUCACUAAGAAACAGAAAAUGGAGAUGGAAAAACAGAACUUACAAAAAAAUAAGAGGAAAAACAUUUUUCCACGACGAUUUAACCGUACAGCAUACAAAGGAGGCGAAAAAAUUAUUACAUAUUAUACUUACGAGUGA